UAUUUUAAUAAACAUUUGGUUGAAAUGAUGUUUUUCAUUUUCAUGCAAUAAUAUCUAUUGCCUGAUAAUAGAUUCAUUGAUUGCUUUAUGUGAAUAAUAAUAAUGAUUGACAGCUGGUGAUAACAUUGGAGACGAAUUAAUCCGGAAUUCCAGUUUGUCGCAUUCUGACAUUUACGAAAAUAUCAUAGUCAUUCAAACUCUUUAAGAACAUGUGUGUAAACUGUUACAUCUAUAUGAUAUAGAAUGUUUGACGGAGUCCUAGCUAGAGUAUUAAGAAAGGGUUGAAGUAUGGAGAGGAUAGCAAACGUUCAGUGUGAUUUUCUGACAGGGCCAGUGACAGCCGUACAUACUGUCAGAGAUAAUAUUGUUUUGGCGGGAAUAGGAAGCUAUCUUCAUACUUUUGAUAUUGUGGAACAAAAAAGCAUAGGAUGUGUCUUGGUAUUGCCGUGUCACAGUAUCCAUGGAAUCCGAGAAGCUAGGGCAAAUCAGAAGACAUCAUCAACUCUUGCUGUUUUUGGAGAAAAGUACAUCACUGUGCUGGACCUUCAUCUAUUGGUAGACAAUUCACAGAGGGACGCAGAUGAUGCAAACACUGGUAACCAUCGUGACUGUGUAUGCAAUGUGACAACAAAAGCAGAAAUGAAGGAGUUUGAGGAUUGGAUUUGGGAUGCAAUUUUUCUAGAUCCUAGCGAGAACAGUAAUUUGGCCCUGGCCCUGGGGCACAACACAGUGAUUCAGUGGGACUGGAAACAGGGCCUGAUAGUUGAGGCAGUCACCUGUGUGGAAAACUGUAUAUUAUAUUGUGCCAAGUUGAUAAAUUCCAGAUGGGAUCAUCUCUUGUUGGCUGCUGGAACUGUGUUCAAUGAAAUACUACUAUGGGCUCCAAGAGGUCAAAGGUCACCAUCUGGUCAUGUGACUGUCAUGAAGAGUCUAAAAGGCCACAAGGGGGUAAUUUUUUCUGUGGACUACCUGAAUCAGAAACAGCUGAUGUGUUCUGCCUCGGAUGACCGUAGCAUUCGUCUGUGGCAGUGUACGUUUCAUAGCUCUUCCACUCCAUGCGGGACUGAAAUACCACUGGAAUUCUGGGAAAACUGUAACUGUUCAUGCAUCCAUGUGUUGUAUGGACACUCGGCCAGAGUGUGGGACAUCAGGUUACUGACCUCUACUUUGGUCAGUAUUGGAGAAGAUUCUAUGUGCUGUGUUUGGGACUAUGAAGGAGCUGUUCUUCAGAAGUUCAAAGGUCAUAAGGGUAAAAGUAUAUGGAGUUUAUCUGUAGAUGACAAAGAAAAAUUUGUGGUGACGGGAGGGGGGGAUGGUAGUGUUCGUCUCUGGUAUUUGUCAUCGAAGUCAGAAAGAUCAAAUUACAUCACCCACUCUUUACAGUUACCACAAACUUCAUCUGGGAAGGAGGAUGACUAUCCCCGCUCAGUGAGUCUGCUGGAUUACGAUGAGAUCGUCAUCAACACUAACGAAGGGUUUCUGUUCUUGUACGGGAUUGAGAAGAACCAAUGGAAGACUCUACAGACAGACCCAGAGUUCAGGUCAUACACUAUAAUGGCUGUAGCCCCCACCAGCCACAGGUGUGUUGCACUGGGAAAUAUCCAUGGAAAACUGAGGAUUUUUAUGUCAGACGGUCCUCAGUUAAUUUGGAGUCAUAAGGACUGGCAGAUAUACAAUGGAAAGACUAUGAGCAUCCAUUGGUUGUCUGGUACCCGGCUCCUGACAUCCGGUCCUGAAGGAGAAAUUAAAAUAUGGAAUUUUGAAGUUGUGUCUUUGACUCUGGAGUGUUGUGGGCGGUACAUUCUACCAGCCUGCAAACAGAGGUGGGUGUCGGCAGCUGCAAUUGGUCACAGUUCAUUGGUUUGUGGUGACAGAAGUGGAACCGUCCAUGUGUAUCAACUCACAAGUGAAGGUAAUCCAACACAAAGUUUUCCAAAAAUCCAUGGAAAAACUGGAGUGACAAGCGUCAGUCUCUAUGGAGACAGUGUUUACACCACAGGUAGAGACGGUUGCUAUAGAAUCUUCAGUCAUGACAACGGUUGCCUUACUCUGUUAAACACCUACCGUGUGUACAAAGGAUUUGAGUGGGUCGACAGGCUGGAGGUAGCUGAAGAGGAGAAUGAUUGUUUUAUUUUUGGAUUUCAAUCAAGUGACUUUGUUCUUUGGAGUGUGAAUAGCAACCAGAGACUUCUACAGAUUCCCUGUGGUGGAGGUCAUAGGUCAUGGGACUGCAAAACAAAGGGAGAUAACUUUAGAUUUGUGUACCAGAAAACAGGGGAGGUGGUGUUCUGCAACACCAAACUCCAACAUAGUCAAUUCAAGCUCAAGAGUGCACUUCAUGGAAGGGAGAUAACUAGUGUUAAAUACUUAGACGUCGAUAAUGAUGGGUGCAUGGUUGUGACAGGAAGUGAAGAUACAAGCGUAAAUAUAUCGACGAUUAAAUAUAAUGAAUUCGGGGUGAAAGAGAUGUCCUGCAUGGAGCACCUGAAUGGACACAUCUCUAGUGUACGAGCGCUAAGUUUGAGCCCCUCCUCUAAACAGUCACAUGACCAGAAAUCCACACUGAUGUUUUCGGCAGGUGGAAGAGCUCAGUUAUUGGUAUGGAGAUUGACAGUUAGAAAACACACCUCUUUAGUGUGUGAAAAUCUGUGCAGCUACAUGAUUGGUCAGGCAAAACGAAGGGGGAGGACAAGAAUGUGGAAACUCCAACAGAUUAAGUUAAACCCAGAGACUAGGUUUAUGGACUUAAGCAGUGUUCAACUUUCCAGUCUGUGGUCAGAUUUCCCAAAGCAUUUACAUCUCCUGACUGCUGCAUGUUCUGAUGCUCAUGUUAGGUUUUACAUUUUAGAUGAAGAAAAAAGAGAGCUUUUUAAUUUCAUGGAAUCUGUCUUUCACAAACACUGUGUAUUAAAAGUCAGUAUUGUGAAAAGGAAGUGUGACACAGAUUCCAGUGUUUAUAUAUUGUCUGCUGCAACGGAUGGCAGUAUAGCAUUCUGGGAAACAAACAAAGAAAAGAUCUCUCAAGCAAUUAAACAACACUCUGAACUAAAUACUGAAAGAACAAAUGUGGACAAAACUUCUCUGUCCAUGAAGUAUCAUACAUCACAAGAAAAUAGUGAUCUCGAAAAACAUUGUGAUAAUUCAGAGGAUGUAAUAUCUGCCUCAAGUAGCACCGAGAGUGAAGAAAGAACUCGCAAUGAGUUAGAGUGUUCUCACCUCGGUGAUAAAACUGGAGUCUCUAAUGAAAUCGACCACGGCAGUGAUGUUUCUACUGGGGAUUUAGAAGAGACGAAGCCGAUUUUUAGCCUGAAGCAUCACCAGUCAGGAGUGAAUGGCUUGGAUUGGCUUCACCUUAAAGAUGACGACUUUCUGAUAGCCAGUGGGGGUGAUGACAAUGCUCUUGUAAUCUCACUGGUUCAGAUUAACGAUGAUGAAGUUAAGGUGAAGGCGAGUGGUUCCUGUGUGAGUGCUCAUGCUACAGAGAUUACAGGUGUGAGGUUUGUUUCGCACAGUAAACUAUUAUCAGUGUCCAUUGAUCAAAGAAUGAUCCUGUGGAAUAUUGAGAUUACAGAUGGCAAUAUACAGCUGGAACAGCUGACUUGUAAACUAGUGUGUGUGGCUGACAUAUCAAACAUGGAUAUCUGGAAACUGAGCAAACUGAGCUUCCAUCCUUGGCCAUUUCAAGUGACAGGUUGAGUGUUGUGAUUUCUGGAGAAGGGUUGGCAACAUUUGAAGUGCAAUACCAAGAACCACAAGACCAGUUUGUAAUUGGAGAAUAAAUUUUCAUGCUAUA